AUCUUUUUCUCUUUUUCUCUUUUUCUUUAUUCUAAAUAUAGAAUAAGAAAAUAAAUAUCUUUUAAAACUGGCUGGCUUACGCAUAUUGAGGUAUAGGAUAUGAAAAGAAAUAAAAAGUUUUAAAACAAAUGGAAUACAAUUUGUAAACCUAAAUCUAUAAAUACUAAUAUGAAGUUUACAUAAUUUAAAUCAAAUUUUAAUUUUGGAGAAUAUAUUAAUGGUGUUUGAAUUUGAUGUAACACGUUUGCAAAUUAAUGGUUUUGCACUUUCGGUAACCAGUGACAAAUUUAUCAUAAGGAAAAAGUUACAGCUUUAAACUUUAUCAGAAAUGCCUCCUCUAACACGACUGCAACGAUAUGCACUGGCUGGAUUGGGUGCAGCUGGUGGGAUUGCAUAUUAUAUAUAUGUUCGACAAAACAAAAAGAAAGUUCUUGCAUCAUGGACAACUAAUUACUCUCCACCAAAUUUUGCCAAAUGGGAUUAUAAUUGGGACCACCGAGAACCAAAGUCUCUAGUGAAACCUCUUGGCAAUAAAAUAUCACCGGAAGAUGAGAAUAAAUACAAUGAGGAAUUAGUACUAGCUAAGCCUACAGCAGUAAGACAUUUAUUUUUAAUAAGACAUGGUCAAUAUAAUUUGAAAGGAAAAUCGGAUAGUGAACGAAGACUUACUGAACUUGGUGAAAUGCAAGCAAAAUGGACUGGCAAGCGUCUUAAGGAGUUGAAGUAUCCCUGGACAUCAAUGGUGGUCUCAACAUUAACGAGAGCUCAACAAACUGGACACUUAAUAUUAGAAGCAAUGACUGAGAGCAAACCCAUGUUGGUAGAGCAUUGUCCAUUACUUGUGGAAGGUGCACCUAUCCCUCCAGAGCCUGCAAUUGGUCACUGGAGACCUGAGGCUACAUUUUAUCAAGAUGGCGCAAGAAUUGAAGCUGGUUUUAGAAAAUAUUUUCACCGAGCAGAUCCUGAUCAGAAGGAAGACAGUUACACAAUGAUUGUAUGUCAUGCCAAUGUAAUUCGUUAUUUUGUGUGCAGGGCUCUGCAAUUUCCUGCUGAAGCUUGGCUGAGACUUUCAUUAAAUCAUGCAUCUAUUACUUGGAUUAGUAUACAGCCCAGUGGUAGAGUAAUUCUACGAGUUUUUGGGGAAUCAGGUCAUAUACCAGCAAUACAAGUUACCAGUCAGUAAAAUUUUAAUAACAUAAGAUAAUUUCAAUUUAUUUUUAUUUGUUUUCUUGUAAAUUUAUAUAUUUUGUAUCAAAUAUAUGUUUAUAUACCUGCAA